AUGCCUGCACGCGUGGGGGUGAUUCGACUCGAGGGCUGGACGCCCUGGUUUCGCCGCGCUGGCGAGUCCCACUCAAAGCAGGCGGCGCUACAGCUGCGGCGGCAGCACCCGCAGUGGACGGACACCCGCGUCGCCGAACAGGCUCGGGAGGACUUUGAGUGGUGGGCUCGCCUGUUCCUUCAGCAGACGCUGGAGGCGGCCGAGCGUGCCCGGCCGGCCGCCGCCUGGGGCUACUACCAGUAUCCGCUCUGCAGGAACCUGCACAUCCCCAACGGCACCUGUCCGCAGUCAUUGCGCGACAAAAACGACCGGAUGUCGUGGCUCCUGAGCUCCAGCAGCGCGCUGUACCCGUCCGUGUACCUGUUCCGGAACGGGUUUACGGACGCUGACCGGCGCGCCACGGUGAGGGGCCGCCUGGACGAGGCCCUGCGGCUAGCAGCCGAGGUCCCCGUCUACACGUACACCUGGUUCCAGUACCACGACGAUCCCAGUUAUCUGUCUGAGGGCCUGGCGAUGGUGAAGGAGAUCGGCGCCGUGAAGUACCUCGAGUGCUCGGCGCUCACGCAGAAAGGGCUCAAGACUGUGUUCGACGAGGCCAUCCGUGCCGUGCUCUGCCCGCAGCCGGCGCCGCCCAAAAUCACGCGCUGCACGCUGCUGUGAGCGGCGCCGUCUCUUCCCCCAUAGCUAGAGCAACGAAGCCUCAGCGCCGCCGCCCGCUCCCGCGCAUGGGGAGCAGCGAAGCCCCAGUGCUGCUGUCUGCUCUGGGCGCCGACGCCGGCCGACCGUACCGUUACACGGCUUGAUCGCCGCAUGACCCGCCGGGGCGGGCUGCCACUGCCUCCGCGAGCGGCUUGGCUUCCAGACGAGCGCCGGAUAGCCUGCAGCAGAGGCCCGGCCCGGGCGCCGCCCCCUGCCGUUGUGCGUGGGAUGUGGAUGACGGUGGGUACCACCACCUCUCGUGCACGGUGGAAGAUGGCGGCGUGCGCCUGCUCGGUGCGGUGUGAGAGAGCGCCGCCUGGCUGCGGCUGGGCAUUAUCAGCACGUGUGUAGGCCGUGUGAUACCGCAUGUCGGCACCGGCUCGCGCG